AGCAAAUUGCCUUAUAUGGGCAUUGUUCAGGGGCAGGCCUACAGCCCAGAAUACACCGCGGCACGAGKGCCGAUCAGCAGCCAUCUUGGAUUUGUUUCCUGGUGCCUUUUGACUUCGUUCAGAAUCUGUGGAGAAAAUAUCAUGGCUGAUUACGACGAACCCAUCUCUGACGAAGAAAAGGUACGGAUAGCUGCCAAUUUCAUAAAACACGCCCCACCAGGAGAAUUCAACGAAGUGUUCAACGAUGCUCGUAUGCUKCUCAACAACGACACCUUGUUGCGAGGGGAAAUGGGCGCAAGUGCUUUUUCUGAUUAUAAUAAAGAGCAGUUUACUCCUGCGCGUCUUGGUCCUGAUGAUCAGGUUUUAAUCACAAGACAUGGUGAACUACCUGAUGGAAAGUUUAUUGACCCAAAGACUAAACAAAUGUUUAGCUAUGACCAUUUAAGAAAGGAAGCAAAGGAUUUAGAGCCAUUAGAUGUUGACACCACUGCUGAGCCAUACAGAGCUUCUAUUGAAGAAUCCUUUAGAGCUUAUGUGAAGAGCCACUACCCUCAUGGGAUUGGUACGGUAUAUGGGAAGAGCAAUGGUGGAACAAUCACUAUCACAGCUUGCAUAGAAGACCAUCUUUUUCAACCACAUAACUUCUGGAAUGGACGGUGGCGUUCAGAGUGGACUGUCUCUUUCAAAAAAGGAGGUGGCGAAACCACACAAAUGCAUGGUGUCCUAAAACUACAGGUUCAUUAUUAUGAAGAUGGCAAUGUGCAGUUAGUUUCCUCAAAGGAAUUAGAAGAGGACAUCAAAAUCACUGGAGAAAGUGGAACAGCAAGUCGUUUUGUUGAAAUUGUCGAAAGUGCCGAAAGUGAUUAUCAAAGAGCCAUUUCUGAGAACUACAGCACGAUGUCUGACACGACUUUCAAGGCUCUCAGAAGACAAUUACCCAUCACACGCACAAAAAUAGACUGGAAUAAGAUACUCAAUUACAAGAUUGGGCAAGAACUCAAGAGCUCUUAGAUACAAAAAAUAAUAAUCUUGCCUUUUCUUCGUGUUUUUUAUACAUUUACUAGUCAGAGUUCUACGUGUAAAUUCGAAAAGAACAAAGUAUGUUCUGUUAGAUAAUAAACGGUAAGCUUUAUGAAUUAAUUAUUCAAAUCAUACUCUGGUUAAAGGUAGAAUUAUAUGCAAUAUGUAGAACAUGCCAAUGCUGUUGGUAUUUAAUUGAUUUGUUGUUUAGAAUGCAAACCAUAUAUUUGUGAAUUAAAUAAUAUGAUAUUGAAGCGAAAGACGUUUUUCCAAAACGGCAGGCACUCACUAUCAUAAUUUUCUUUUUAGCUUUGAACAAAAAUGUCUGCUGAAGAUGUAAUACACAKUUAUAAAUGUUUUUCACAAAUCUGUGGUGUGCAUUCUGUUAUCUUGUAAAAAUGACAUGAAAUAAUGCUAUUUCAAUGCAGAAUUUGAGUGAUUGUGUAAGUUUCUUGUCUUUGCAAUGACACACAAUGCACAUUUAACAUCUAGGAAUAAAUAGUGUAACCUGGUCCCAGAGGUUUGAUAUUUUCUCUCUUCGCUACUGUUUUUGUCGGCGCGAAGCACCGUAAUCGAGGCCGUAAGGACUGGAAUAAGAUACUCAAUUACAAGAUUGAGCAAGAACUCAACUGGGACCAGGGUAUAAAUAGUGAUAUAUUUUUAAGCAUGAAUGUACUCUAGUACUUUUACUUUAAUUAGUAGGUUAACUGUAGCAUAUUAAGUAAAAACUGCCUCCUUUUGUUGACAAUCAAAAAUCAGUGAAGUUACUGUACAUUUGGUAGAUAAAAGUAUUUCGRACUAGAGUGUCGUCAAGAAAGCUGUAAAAUAGAUAUAACACUCAAGCACCUUAAUGAACUCUAAUCUUGUGUUCUUUUGUGUCUAUUUCAAUAGCUGACUUGCGAAUUUUGCCUCGUUUGUCACACACAAAGGAAUCAAGAUGAGGCAUCGUGCAUAAAGCUCAGUCAAUUGUGAAAAGACAAUAGUUUUUACGAUUGACUGAGCUUUACGCACAGCGCCUCUUCUUGAUUCUUUUGUGUUUGACUACUGAGGCAAAUUCGCAAAUCAGCUAAUUGCUAAUUAUCAUUUUAGAUUGGUUUGGUAAAAAAUCAUAUUUUAAAACUUUUUCUUUGUUUUUCAUUGCAUCGCACAUCAUUCAUUUUGACCAUCAGACUUUCUUUCACAGGUUUAUGAACGCCAAUAUUAAAACUGCUAGAUUUUGGUUGACAGGUUAAGUUACGUCACUCUGACCUCCAUUGUUAACCCCCUUUCAUUUCACAAUGACUAUUAAUUUGUGUCCUCAGACAUUCUCAUUCAAAUAUCAAAAUUUCAUGAACCAAUUUCAAAAUAAUAAACAAUAUAUUUUCUACCUGAACUUAAACAUUAUUUCUGUAUAAUCAAUGGCUUACAUCAGAAGGAGUUUUGAGUUGCGGGAGAUGCAAAUUAAAGAUAUUUUUGAAGUGCACUAUUGGAAUUAUUUUCAAGUGUACAAAUUUUGGAAUACAAACUUUUAUCUCCAACAGGAAUAUUAUAGGUAAUGACAGUGUUAGCAUAAUGAUUGUAUAAAUGCAUUUGAUUAAAGUUCCUCAGUAAAAAAGUACAAAUAAAUAGAAUGUUUGUUAGA